UCGGCCCCCUAUUCCCCGACGGUACUCGCCGGAGCAGUCUUCGCUCGGUGGCAGGAGGAGACGCACAGUGACGCUUCGUCUUCAGCAUGGACAACUUCACCGUCGGCUACGGCCGCGGUUCUGAAAUUAACGCAACCUUAUACGCUGCUGGACAGUACCACAGUGACGAAAUGUGGACAACCUCAACUUUGCUUCUUGUGGCCGUCCUGUGUCUUUAUGCUGUGCUGCUGCGGCUGAACCUAGGGUCCACUUUCCGUUUUCACCUCCCUGGUAGGCAGUCAUUGCAAGAACUGCCAGAGGCGCUCGCCUUGCAGGCUGUAUACCUAAGAGCUCGUGAAAGCGAAAAAACUACUCCCGGCAUAAGGGUUGGCGCAGGUCUAAGAUGGGAAACACUACUCGUCGAUCUCAACGUUAUCCACCGCGUAUGUACCGACAACAUCACUUUUCCGGAUCGAGGUCUGCCCAAAAAUGAGCGGACGAACCCCCUCAGCGCUCACCUCUUUUCUCUCGAUGAAAAACGGUGGCGAGCAGUACGUGACGUCAUGUCCCGAGUCCUAACGCCUGCUAAGCUUAAGUCUUUGUUUUCCCUUCACGCCCGCACUUCCCAAGAUCUCCGAUGUUCUGUCCGAGGAGAAAUGAACUCUGAAGGUUUUGCUGAUGUUGAUGUGAAGGAGCUUAUGGAAAGGUUUGUGACUGAUGACAUGGGUCGAACACUAUUCAGUGUAGAUUGCGACGCGUUACGCCGUCCUGGUAACCCGUUCCACUCACACUGUGCCCAGUCCUUCACGAACUCAUGGUGGCGUCAGCUACGCCAGCGGCUGCUCCGAGUUUGGCCUAGUCUCGCUCUACGAAUUCCACAUCGCGGCUCGACUGCGCAGUUUUUUCAGAAAAUGGUCGAAGAUUUGAGAUGGAAUAGAGGACACUGUCAGAAAACACAAGCUGACCUUCUUGAAGCCAUGUUUGUGGCUGAAUCUUCUGGAGGUAACUUUGGGUGUCCUGCACUGAUGCGUUCUGUGGAAGCACCGCAAAUGUUUGCAUCUUUCCGGGCUGGAUUCGAAGCAACCGCGCCCACGAUCACGUUUGCUCUGCUUGAACUGGCGCACAACCCGAACGUGCAGCGGCGUUUGCAACAGGAGCUGGACACGAUCAGACUUCUGCAGCAAGAAGUUGCUGACGAUGAGGACAACACGGAUGACCUGCAAGUGACAGCUGACGCCUUGGCACACAUGGAAUAUCUAGAUUGUGUCAUUAAGGAAACCCUCCGAAAGUAUCCACCAAAUGCAUCGCUCGUUCGACGGUCAUCUAAGCCAUGUUUUGCAUCGGAGUUCGGUGAUUCACGAACAACGGUCAUCAUUGAGGAGGGUGAACGCUUCGUAGUUCCAGUGUACGCCCUACAUCACGACCGGCGUUGGUUCUCUGACCCAGAACGUUUCGAUCCAGACCGGUUUCGACAUCAGCAGGACGGUGGAUGCACUCCUUCAAACAAUAACCAGAAGGCGUAUAUGCCCUUCGGCAUAGGUCGCAGGCACUGCGUAGCUCGCCGCUACGCUCUGCAGCAAGUGAAGGUGGGCCUUGUCGCCAUUUGUUCGACAUUUGAAGUUGAAUUGUGCUCUAAAUCUCCACCUAUACCACCUCCGUUCUUAGCUGGCAGGGGCAUUGUGCUCGCUCUACGCAACGAAUGCUACCUAAGGUUAAGGCUCCGCAAUUUGUAAAUUGACUCACAGCACGUCCUUUUUCGUUUCGAGAUGGGAUGACCUUUGAAUAAACUAUUUUAGAAGAA